UUGCGCCUAUUCAAAGAUGGCGCUGUAACAGCCGAGGUUUGUUUUUCAUGGGUACAAAGUAUGUUUAAGUGCAUUAACCAAACGGCCCAGUUAACGAGACAUCUUCAGGCAGCAGACUACGGUUUCUGUCUUAACCGACCUUUUAGGCUGGUGUCAUCCCUGCCACUCAGAAUGACUGACCCAGCUGUGAGGAGGGUGGUUAGUGAUGUCAUUCGCUCGCCCGAGGACAAACGGGAGUACAGGGGCCUGGAGUUUGCCAAUGGUCUGAAGGCAAUGCUUAUCAGUGACCCAACCACAGACAAGUCUUCAGCUGCUUUGGAUGUCCACAUAGGUUCUCUGUCUGACCCACCAAACAUUUCAGGACUGGCGCACUUUUGCGAACACAUGCUGUUCCUGGGAACACAGAAGUACCCCAAGGAGAACGAGUACAGCCAGUUCCUGAGUGAGCAUGCAGGCAGCUCCAAUGCCUUCACCAGUGGAGAACAUACCAACUAUUACUUUGAUGUGUCCCAUGAGCACUUGCAAGGAGCAUUAGAUAGGUUUGCCCAGUUCUUUCUGUGCCCACUGUUUGAUGAGAGCUGCAAGGACCGUGAGGUGAAUGCUGUGGACUCUGAGCAUGAGAAAAACCUGAUGAAUGAUGCCUGGAGGCUGUUUCAGUUGGAGAAGGCCACUGGCAACCCAAACCACCCUUUUAGUAAAUUUGGAACAGGAAAUAAACUGACACUUGAGACCAGACCAUCUAAAGAGGGGACUGACAUCCGCCAGGAGCUUCUGACAUUUCACUCUACAUAUUACUCUUCUAACCUCAUGGGACUGUGUGUGUUAGGAAGAGAGUCACUAGAUGAGUUGACAUCCAUGGUGGUUAAGUUAUUUGGAGAAGUGGAGAACAAGAAUGUGCCUGUUCCAGAAUUCCCUGAGCACCCUUUACAAGAAGAACAUCUCAAACAAUUCUACAAAGUGGUUCCUGUCAAAGACAUUAGGAAACUUUAUGUGACUUUUCCCAUCCCAGACCUAAAGAAGUACUACAAAUCGAAGCCAGGACGUUAUCUGGGACAUCUGAUUGGUCAUGAAGGACCUGGAAGUUUGUUUUCUGAACUAAAAUCGAAAGGCUGGGUGAACACACUUCUUGGAGGCCACAAAGAAGGAGCCAGAGGAUUCAUGUUCUUCAACAUCAAGGUGGACUUAACUGAGGAGGGGCUCUUGCACGUUGAGGACAUAAUCUUCCACAUGUUCCAGUACAUCCAGUUACUGCGUACUGAAGGGCCUCAGGAGUGGGUGUUUAAAGAGUACAAGGAUGUGGUUACCAAAAAAGUUAUAGUUGUGUCAAAAUCAUUUGAAGGACAGACAGAUAAGACAGAAGAGUGGUACGGCACGCAGUACAAGCAAGAGGCCAUCUCUGAGGAGACCAUCAAGAAAUGGGCAAACGCAGACCUCAACGGCAAGUUCAAAUUGCCAAUGAAAAAUGAGUUCAUCCCUACAAACUUUGAGAUCUACCCUCUUGAGAAAGACUCUCCUUCAGUUCCCACUUUAAUCAAGGACACUGCUAUGAGCAAGGUGUGGUUCAAGCAGGAUGACAAAUUCUUCCUCCCCAAGGCUUGCCUGAACUUUCAGUUUUUCAGUCGCUACCUUUACACAGAUCCCCUGUACUGCAACAUGACCUACUUGUUACUCAGGUUACUGAAUGAUGAUUUAAAAGAGUAUACAUAUGCAGCUCGCCUGGCCGGCUUGGAGUAUGGUGUAGCCUCAGGGAUGAAUGCCAUCCUCCUGUCUGUUAAAGGUUACAGUGACAAACAGCACAUCCUGCUGAAGAAGAUCAUCGAGAAGAUGGCCACCUUUGAGAUAGAUGAGAAGCGCUUUGACAUCAUCAAGGAAGCUUACAUGCGCACUUUGAAUAACUUCAGAGCUGAGAGGCCUAACUACCACGCCAUGUACUACCUCCGUCUUCUAAUGACCGAGGUCGCUUGGACCAAAGAUGAGCUCAGAGAGGCUCUAGAUGAUGUAACUCUCCCACGCCUUAAGGCCUUCAUACCUCAGCUGUUGUCACGGCUACACAUUGAAGCCCUUCUUCAUGGCAACAUCACCAAGGAGUCUGCUCUUGGGAUGAUGCAAAUGGUGGAGGACACCCUCAUUGAGCACGCUCACACAAAGCCUCUCCUCCCGAGCCAGCUGAUUCGCUACAGAGAGGUGCAGGUUCCAGAUGGUGGCUGGUAUGUUUACCAGCAGAGGAACGAGGUGCACAAUGAUUGUGGCAUUGAGAUCUACUUCCAGGCAGACAUGCAGGCCACCCACGACAACAUGCUGCUGGAGCUGUUCUGUCAGAUCAUCUCGGAGCCCUGCUAUAGUACGCUGAGAACCAAAGAACAGCUGGGCUACAGUGUGCAUAGUGGGCCACGGCGGGCUAACGGAGUGCAAGGUCUGCGCUUCAUCAUCCAGUCGGAGAAGGCGCCCCACUACCUGGAGAGCCGUGUGGAGGCCUUCCUGUGCACCAUGGAGAAAGCUGUGGAGGAGAUGAGCGAGGAAGAUUUCCAGAAACACGUCCAAGCCCUGGCCAUCCGCCGCCUGGACAAGCCUAAGAAGCUGUCUGCUGAGGGAGCUAAGUACUGGGGAGAGAUCAUCUCUCAGCAGUACAAUUUUGACAGAGACAACAUUGAAGUGGCAUAUCUGAAGACUUUGACUAAAGAAAGCAUAAUGGAGUUUUACAGAGAACGACUGAUGGUCGACGCCCCAAAGAGACACAAAGUGUCAGUGCACGUGCUGUCCAGGGAGAUGGACUCCUGUCCAGUAGUGGGAGAGUUCCCAGCUCAGAAUGAUGUCAACCUGGCUCCUGCUCCUUCCCUACCACAGCCUACAGUAAUUCAGGACAUGACAGAGUUCAAGAGGAGCCUGCCUCUGUUCCCGCUGGUCAAACCUCACAUCAACUUCACGACAGCCAAACUGUGAGCGAGGCCGGCAGGUCGACAGUCCUCCUCCUCCUCCUCCUGCCAUCAGGAAGGCAUUCAUCUGAUGGAGCCUGCACACAGUGUGUGUGUGUGUGCGCGUGCGUGUGCGUGUGUGUUUGUUUGCCCGCAUGGCUGCAUGUUGAAUGUGUGUAAUGUGUGUGUGAGCACGUGUAGCAGGCAGGAGCCACUAAAAGAGGAAACCAUCACAAAGUUGUUGAUGUAGCUGUGAUAAUGAUGGAGGAGAGCAGGUUUAUUGUGACAGGCUGUUGAGGUUAAAGACAGUAGCUCCAUGAAGGUCUUUGCUUUUAUUUGUUUGGACUGGUGUGUUUGUAACGCUGAGAGGCACCUCAGCUCUCCUGGGG